GCCUGCCCUUCCUUCCUUCAGAAAUAUAUCGAAUUUAUCAGAACCUUAACUCACUACCGUUUCCGAAAGAAUUAGAGAUCAUUCCAUCGCGACUCACAAUAAAUAAGAAACAUGUGCUUGGAGGAGGAGAGUUUGGAAUUGUUUAUAUGGGUUUACUGGAUGGGAUAAUCCCCACUGCGGUCAAGACAGUAAAAGACGAUUCGGAUGACGCUAAACUCAAUGCACUUUUGUCGGAGGUGAAAGUAAUGGCUUAUGUAGGUAACCACAAAAACGUUACUCAGCUAUUGGGGGUACAGCUGGUGGAUUUGCGAAAGGGGAACAUAUUUGUCGCUGUCGAAUACUGCUCAUUGGGCUCAUUAAAAGAUUACUUAACAAAACAAAGUGAUGAGCUGGGGACUUCAAUAUCAUUUGAUAAGUCUCAGGACUAUAUAGAGCCACCAAGUUUCGUUAAGCCCUUAUCCCGACAUGAGUUAUUGAGGUGGUGUCACCAAGUUUCUGGUGCAAUGGAGUUUCUUGGCUCAAAAAAGAUUAUUCAUGGUGACUUGGCAACUCGAAAUGUUCUCCUGGACAGCAACUUUGUCGCAAAAGUUUCCGAUUUUGGACUUUCUCGCAGGAUGUUCAAUAAUUAUAAACAAUCUGUCGUGGGUUCAGGAGUGAGCACAUGCACAUUUUCAUGCAUACUAUUCAUACACUGAAAAUAUAUAGAAUUCAUGAAAAAUACAAUUAAGAUAAUAAUCUAAACGAGGUUUUUAAAUUACUACUUUUUACGAAGGGUAAUCCACUUCCA